GUUUCUGCUCCGCCGACGCGUUCCAAUUGUGCGAGGCGCCGCACCAUGCCGCACCACAGAGUGAACAUUCUCUAUUCGGGUACCGCGCUCCCCUGACAAUAAAUAUAUCAAAUGAAAGAACGCAUAAACGACAAUGCGUUGUAAUGUGUGGAAAUGAUGAACAAGAGCGUUCUGGAGCUUUGAGUGUUAUAGUUUAGCGGGAACGCAAGACGUAGCUAGGUUACAAUGCAUGAAAGCAUGGGGACCAUGUACGACGAGCAGGAUGACAUUCUGGACGUGGAGGGCAACAGUGGUGACGACAGGCCUCAGUUACCACCGCCGACACUUCUACGCAAGAGCACCAAAGUUAAAGCAUCUAACAACGCUAAGGACGACCAUGAAAUCGUAAAUCACUUCUGGCCACUCUUCUCGCACACUGUUCUUGAGGAUGUGCGAGACAACGCAGGUGUUAUCGUUCCCGUGCCUCGUCUGCAGGCUGACAACGCCGCCUACAGGCCGCUUCAGAUAUUCCAUGACCGUCUGGAGCACAGUAUAGUUCGGAGCCUGAGUAACAUGCAGCGGAAAGUCGUCAGCAUGGGCAGUGGUGGGGGCACCCUUGUGCGCAUGGGCAGGAGAAUGGGACUACGGUUGGAGAGUAUGAGCGAUACCAUCGUCUCUCAGGAAAUCUACCUUCGCGAAGAGCACCUGUACACCGCCACGCCCAAGGACUCUCAUAUCCAGGUCAUCCGUAGGAGGAAUAUCAGACCAAAUGAUGGUGGCCCGCCUGCAGUUGCGAAGAUUAAGAUAAUCUUUGACGUGUCCGGAGUAACCAAAUUGACUACGCCUCCGCGUGACCUGCAGGGCGUCAGAGUGGACAGCGUGCAGGAUGUUGGUGCUCACAGAUAUUUCAACUACAUCUACGAGACAUUCCUGGCAGAGUGCGUCAAGUGCAAAACAGUAAGUGACGGAACUGGGGUGGCCGAACCACAGACAAGUGUUGGUGUUGUCAAGAAUUGUCCAAUUGCAUACAGGUUCGCCAAAAUCAAGGUCAACAAGGACGGAGUGGUCAACACGGUGGACUUGAAUGUGACGCCGCGUGAUCUAAGAAACUUGACAGUUCCCAAACUCAGCAUGGCUGACGUGGUGUCCAUCGCCGGAACCUGGUGAAACUGGUGGGAUGAAUCGCUCGAUCCCACACACACACCACGGGUGCCGCUUCAAUGAUUGAUUGUCCUGAAAUAAAUCCGCUACAGCUACAUAUACUACA